AUGCCGACGCGCACCGUCGGUCGCUACCGUCUCACCAGUCAGCUUGGCUUUGGCAUGUUCUCCAAGGUAAUGCUGGGCGUCGACGACGAGACCAACCGCCGCUAUGCCGUCAAGAUCAUGCGAAAAGAAAAUCUUGAAGAUCUCGAGAUGGCCCGUUACGCCCGACGCGAAGCCGCUGUCCUCCGCAAGCUCUCUCACCCCAACAUUGUCCGCUUUGUCGAGGCCAUUCAGAGUGAUACAAAACUCUUUCUCGUCAUGGAGAUAGCGCCUGGCAAGGAACUUUUGGACAUUGUUGCAGACGGCCCACUCAGAGAGCAAGAUGCAAAGGGUUAUAUAAGGCAGAUUGCAUCCGCGGUGGCCUACUUGCAUGCCAAUCGCAUCGUCCAUCGCGAUUUAAAGCCUGAGAAUAUCCUCGUUGAUGUCGAAACGCGAUCCUUGAAGAUUAUUGAUUUUGGUCUCACAGGUAUUAUCAGGAAACAAUCGGUUAUGCGCACCUCGUGUGGUUCGAGUUAUUAUUCCGCCCCGGAAGUCACAUACAGCACUGGCGAGGGCUACGAUGGUACGAAAGCUGAUGCUUGGUCCUUGGGUAUCCUUUCCUACAUUAUGCUCACGGGCUCCCACCCGUUUGUUGAUGCGGACGGCGAUCUUAUGACUGCUAUGAUGCGCCAAGGCAUGGUCGAGUACCCCGAGUAUCUUUCGCGCGGCGCUAUCCACUUCAUCUCACGUUUGCUCGCAAUUGAUUCCCGUAAGCGCUACUCGGUUGCCCAGGUCUCCUUACACCCGUGGCUUACCGGGAAGCCUGUACCAAUGGCCGGACAUGCGUCCGACCUUAAAGACCGCCCCAAGAAACACACGGAUUUGCGCACGGGCGGUAAUGCUGAUGGCAUACGAGGGAGCGUUAAGAGACCAGGCACAUUUACUGGAGGCCACCACAAGACUCUUUUCGGACGAAAUCAUUCAGAUAGGAACAAUCACAGUUCCCCGAGUUUAGCGAUGCGGAGACGCUCAAGUCAAAAAAAUAGCAGCGGUUCAUUUCUGUGGUUCCGAAAACAGAACAACGUCCAAGAACAUGAAGUGAAUGGCGACCGCACAGACGGAAAUCCCACCGAUUCACUACUAUCGCGGAGAGGGUCGUUAGAUCGACCCAAGGGCACGCGGGAAGGCCAUGGAUUUAGGCGCGAAGGAAGGGUCACCCUCGAUAUCAUGAACGGUAUGAACGGGCGACCAGUGCAUACGGAUGCUGACGAAGGAAGCGGGCCUCGCGUGCGAAGGCAACUCUCCUUGUCAAGCCGCACUAGGGCAUUACUCAUGCGCGGCUCGCAUGGUGCUGAGCAAUGACCCUUGAUGCAGUUUAGAAUCAAGAUCCACACUCUUCGAGUAUAUAUUAUUUUGUGUAAACAGGCAUUUCGGCUGGAA